UCCUUCUCUCGCUCCCUCUCUCUCUCCAUCUAUUCCGAUUGAUUUCUUACUCUUUCGCUGCGACUGCGCGCCGGCGUCGGAGUCGACGAACGAUUUCUCACGCCUCUCUCGCUGCUCUAUCCUGUACACUCUCUCCCUCUCUCUCUCCAUCUAUUCUGAUCGAUUACCUCUCACUCUUUCUCUGCGAAUGCAGAACGUGCACCGGCGUCAGAGUCGAAGAUGGCGACAAGAGGCUUAGUAAAUCGAUUUUGUUUCAUCAGUUAGUUCUGAAUUGUGUAAAUGGAAACAAACAUGGAUAAGAGUUGGAUAAAUUUGCCUAGGCUCGAUCCAAGAUACCUACAAGGGGUUAUAGAUUUCAUGGAAUUUGCUUGUAAGAACAUUCUUGAUCGGUAAACAGAAAUUGCAUGUCCGUGUAAGAACUGUCAUAAUUUGGCUAGAAAAAACAUAGAUUUAGUAAAGCAACAUCUUGUCAUGAAUGGAUUUACUCCAAGUUACACCGUUUGGAUUUUCCAUGGGGAAAAAUCACAGCCUACAAAUUGUGGUGUUGAAAAUAGUGGAUGUGGCAAUUUUAAUGGGCAAGAUGAGAUGCAAGAAAUGGUGCGUGAUGCAUUUGGAAUUCUGCCAAUUCAAGCCAUGAUAUUGAUCUUGAUCCACCUCUGGGUGAUCGACAUAAUCUUGAUCCACCUUUGGGUGAUGGACAUACUCUUGAUGAAGAAACUACCAAGUUUUUUAAGCUUUUGAAGGAAGCUGAGAGAGAGUUAUACCCAGGGUGUCAAAAGUUCUCAUUGCUCUCAUUCAUUGUGGCAUUGAUGCACAUUAAGUGCCUAUGUGGUUGGAGUAACAAGUCUUUUACCAUGUUGCUUAAGCUGUUGAAGAAAGCCUUGCCUGAAGGUGAAACAUUGCCUAAUUCUUUUACUGCGAGCAGACAACUAUUGGGUGGUUUGGGCCUUGAGUAUCAUAAAGUUCACACAUGCCCUAGAGAUUGCAUGUUGUAUUGGGGUGAAGAUGCAAAGCGAGUUGAUUGUAAAGUCUGCAAUGUUCCUACAUAUAAGCUAGAGGAGCAAACAGAUGAAUCAAAAAAAGGAGGCAAAAUUCCGCAAAAGAUUGUUAGGUACUUUCCAAUGAUACCUAAGCUAAAAAGAUUGUACUCGUCCAAAAAGACGACUGGCUUAAUGAGAUGGCAUGCAGAGAACCCAGCUCCUACUGGCAUUUCGAGGCAUCCUGUUGACUCCGAUAUAUGGAAACUCUAUGAUAACCUCCAUCCGGAUUUUGCUCAAGAUCCUCGCAAUGUCAAGCUUGGGUUAGCAUCUGAUGGCUUUAACCCAUAUCGUACAAUGAACACCACUUAUAGCAUUUGGCCCGUGGUGAUGAUGACAUACAAUUUACCACCUUGGUUGUGCAUGAAACAACCUUAUGUGAUGUUGACACUGCUUAUUGAUGGACCAAAGUCACCUGGAAAUAAUAUUGAUGUAUAUUUAAGGCUUAUAGUAGACGAGAUGAAGGAGUUGUGGGAUAUAGGUGUUAACACUUAUGAUGCAUUUGGCAAUGAGAUGCUCAAAAUGCGUGCAUUAAUGUUAUGGACAAUUAAUGAUUUGCCUGCAUUAGCUAUGUUGUCAGGCUGGAGUACAAAGGGUUAUCUUGCUUGUCCAGUUUGUCUUGAUGAAACUUGUUCACGUUGGUUAGUUCACGGGAAAAAGGUAUGUUAUUUGGGGCAUCGUAGAUGGUUGGAAAAGGACCAUAAAUUUCGAUAUGAGCGCAUGUCUUUUGAUGGGACCGUUGAACUUCAUCCUUGUCCAACUCGUUUAUCUGGUCAUGAAGUCUUAGCAAUGUUUCCCCCUAACUAUGUGAAUAAAUUUGGAAUGGAGGGGGAUGAGGAUUUACCUGUUACAAAAAAAAGAAAGACACGCGAUGGAGAAGAUGAAGAUGAUUUAUAAGGUAAUUGGAAGAAAAAGAGCGUUUUCUUUGAUCUAUCGACUUGGGAGAAAAAUCCGCUUCGACACAAUCUUGAUGUGAUGCAUAUUCAGAAAAAUUUGUGUGAAAGCUUGGUCGGGACAGUAAUGGAUCUUGAUGGCAAAGGGAAGGACAACUUAAAUGCGCGUCGUGACCUUCAACUAAUGGAGAUUCGAAAGGUGAUGCAUCCCCAAAUUCUAGAUGCUGGCAAAGUGUAUCUGCCUCAUGCAUGCUUUGCAAUGAAUAAUAAGGAGAAAACUAUGUUUUGCAAUUUGUUGAAGAAUGUGAAAGUUCCGGAUGGCUAUGCUUCUAAUAUUUCACGCUGUGUCAAUGUAAAAAAGCGAACCAUAUCUGGACUAAAGAGUCACGACUACCAUAUAUUGAUGGAGCAAUUUCUUCCAAUUGCAGUAAGCAGAACACUUCCAAAGAAAGUGAGUAAGCCAGUGAUAGAGCUAUGCAAUUUCUUUA